AUGAGACAGCGCCAACCUCGAGGGGCACAUGGGAUUGUUGUCCCGCUUGCACGCCGAGUUCUCGUCUUUGAUACUCAACUAUUCCAGAUGGGCUUGAUCGGACGUCCUUCCCAAUGUGAUCGCGGCAGCCCUCGAUUUACCGAGUGUUCGCCUGAAUCUGAGACUCCACGAUCACCUUCUCACGAGGGCCAUGCACUCACCCCUGGUGCGGAAUCCCCCUCUGAUUCUGAGUCCCUGUUGGCUACUCCAACUCCGUUUGGCGCGAUCGGCAUUUUGGAUGGCCGGUUUUCGCUCCGUAUGUCUUCUCCUAUGCUGCACACUUCCAUAGGCAAACAACCUCCGUUCAACAUUUCGAAUCUGCCAUGGUCAGCCGACAUGAACAUGAUGCUCUCGCCUCCGAUCAGCGAACACCCUGCGCCUUCCCAGGAGACAGCUCUGGGGCCUGUCAUGAAGCUCGAAUUCCCCGCUACACCUGUGGGAUUUGCGUACAACGCGGUCAAUCCCCCGCCCGAGCCGUUUGCCCUCUUCGGGGACCACAUUUAUAUGGCAACAUCGAGUCCCAUUCCGUCCGGUACUCCAGAGCCUGAUUUUUUCCACAUGUGGGGCGUCUCGUCGGUCGGUACGAUGGAUUGGUUGAUCGACCCCGUCCUCCUCAAUGUCAGCAAUCAAGGCAUGGCAUAA